GUCCUAACUGUGGCCAUUUUACACUCGAGAUCCACAAGAAAUAAAACUCGCUUCUCACCCGGAUUUCAAACUGACAUGUAACGAGCUGUCCUCGGUUACAUGUGACGCUGGUACGUGUUUCUACGAACGGACACACAAACGCAGUCGUUGUGUUUUGCAGCGGCCGACAUCCUUUCGGCGGCAGCGUCUUCGCUCGGACUAGCUAGCUCAGAUUGAAACGGACAGACACUAGGACCAAAGUCAGUUGGUUUGACAUGGACUAUAAGAGGAGCAGGAGCGGGCGAGGAGACCGCACAGGUCGCUAUGGCAACACCCACAAUGACCACAACUUUCGGGACAUGGACUACAGAGGCUAUGGCCAAGAGGAUGAGGAGGCGGGAGAGGGAUAUGAUGGCAGACCAGAGGGGGACAGACCGUUUGGCCUUGAUGAGCAAUCACUGGGUGCCCCCGACUUCUCACCGGGUCAUCUUCAACACCGCCCGGGGUUUCACAAGAGAGGAGAGGGCAGAGGGGACAUUGUGCAUGAGAGGGAAAGGCUCCCGUGGCCCCCUUGCUCUCAGUCGCAGCCCGAUCUAGCCCUUCCCAUGCUGCAGAGAGACGAGGAAGGGUCCAGGCGGGAGUUUGAGCAGUUACAGCCCAGCCUGCAGGAGAAGGGUCGAGGGAAAGGUGUAAGAGGCUUCCCUGAGAAUAGUGCCCAUUACUCGGGGAGCAAGGAGGGCAACUGGGGUCGUGUCGGUGCCCAUUCUGAAAAAAUGGAUUACAAUACAGCGAGGCAGAGAGAGGAAGACAGGUUCUCUCGUGGGGCGGUGAAGAGGAGGGCUUUUCCAGUGGGGUCAGAGGAGCUUGGUUGUGGGAGCAUUGGUUCAGACCUGUGCCUUGACGAGUUGGAUCAGAGGGACCAGGACUACCGUGCAGAUCUUGACCACAACCAGAGGCCCAGCAACAUCAUAAUGCUUCGCAUGCUUCCACCCAAUAUCACAGCCAAUGAGAUCCGGGCACAACUCCAGGAGCAGGGGAUUCAGCCAAGAGAGGUUCGCCUUAUGAGGAACAAAUCUUCAGGUCAGAGCCGAGGAUUCGCCUUCGUCGAGUUUAAUCUCAUACAGGAGGCCACCCGCUGGAUGGAGACCAACCAGGGAGUGCUGGCGAUUCUGGGACAGAGGGUGUCGAUGCACUUCAGCGACCCAAAACCACGUGCCAACGAGGACUGGCUCUGCAACAAGUGUGGUGUGCAGAACUUUAAAAGGAGAGAAAAGUGCUUCAAGUGCAGUGUUCCUAAAUCAGAGGGUGAGCUGAAGUUGCCCCAGUUGCAGACGGAUUUGCCUAUUGGACUUGAAAAGGACAGAGCCCAAGGUUUGCUGCCCUUGCCAGCACCCUACCACUCCUCUGGUCCUACUGUCACUCCAGGACUGGCAACACAGCAGGCAGAUGUUGCCAAUGAUACUCUGAUCCUUAGAAACCUCGGUCCUCACACUUCAGUGGAAGCCAUUUUAUCGGCUUUGGCUCCAUUCGCUACACUCUCCCCUUCCAAUAUUCGCCUAAUCAAGGACAAGCACACGCAGCUCAACAGGGGGUUUGCCUUUCUACAGCUUUCUACCAUAGUGGUGAGAAACUCAAGUUUUUCUGAGGCAUCUCAGCUGCUCCAGAUCUUACAGGCUCUCCAGCCAGCUCUCACUAUUGAAGGGAAGCCAAUUUUGGUGGAGUUUGCCAAAGGCUCCAAACGUGACGUGUUCCUGACUGAUGGAAGCAGAGUGAGUGCUGCUACAGUGGCCAGCACAGCUAUCGCUGCUGCACAGUGGGCUGUCACACAGACUGCACCGAAUGGAUCCAGUGGAAGUCAGAGUAUAGAUACAGCCGUUUAUCAACAGGGGGCAGCAGUAACAUACAAUCGGGAGAGGCAUGAUUUCUCUGGACCAGAUGGCACAAGUUUCAAGGCCCAGGCAGAUACCAGGGUUCCUUCUUUGCCCGGUGCAGGUGCAGCCCUGGUGGCGGCAUACAGAGGAGGAGCUGCCCCAGCUACCAUUUCUGAGGCAGUGACAUCGGGAUCACAGGUGGUGCAGCAGCCUCUCAGUCAUACGCAAACUGCUCUUACCACCACAGCUGCUGCCAUAACAGCCACACAGGUUGAGAUAGUGGGAAAACCACAGCCAGCUGCUCCCAGCCAACCUUCUACCCCAGGCACUGAACACGAACUCCAGCAAUAUCCCGUGCCAGACGUGUCCACAUACCAGUAUGAUGAAAGCUCUGGCUACUAUUACGACCCACUCACAGGCCUCUACUAUGAUCCUUCCUCCCAGUACUAUUACAACCCUCACUCUCAGCGGUACAUGUACUGGGAUGGAGACAAACGCACCUACAUUCCCGCCAGCCAGUCAACAGCUGACGGCGCUUCCAUGAGCGAAGGCGCCGCCCCAUCGGAGUCACUGUUUGCUUCUCCUGGUGGCAAGGAGAAAAAAGACAGGCCCAAGAGUAAAACCGCUCAGCAGAUUGCCAAAGAUAUGGAGCGCUGGGCUAAGAGUCUCAACCGACACAAGGAGAACAUGCGUUCUGUGUCCUCCUCCCCCGCCGUCGGCUCUACAACUUUGCCUCCUGGUUUCACCAGGGCACCCGGCCACAGUCGCCUAGACGACCGUCGAGAGUCUGCCAGUGCGGAUGCAGGCUAUGCUGUUCUGGAGAAAAAGGGGGCCCUGUCUGAACGGCCUCAGAUGUUUCUGGACCAGAUCCGGCAAAGUACAGAAAGUUCCCCUCCACAGCUGCAGGGUCUGGUCCCGGCCUACAGCGGAGAAACGGACAGCGAUGAAGAAGGAGGCGACAAAGAUGAGAAGGAGGGGAAAAUGACGGACUGGGUUAAACUGGCCUGUCUGCUGUGUAGGAGACAGUUCCCCAGUAAGGAGGCCCUCAUCAGGCACCAGCAGCUCUCUGAGCUACAUAAGCAAAACUUGGAGCAGAGACGAACCCAGGUGGAAGCUGCAGGCAGAGAGAAAUUUCUGGAUGGACCUGAACCUCCUGUUCUUAAGAAGAGGAAGUUUAGCCCCAUUGAUGGGAUCAUGGGCAGCACUCUUGGUGCCAGGAUGCUGCAGGGAGGUGUGAAAAAGGGGCUGCUAUUUCGCAAUAUGCAAGUGGAGUGAGCUCUCACCUUAAAUCCUCGACAUCUUGACCCAGACAGGACGAGGACAAAGCCCAGCACGCAACACUUCACGAUUAUCGUCAUAUAGAUAAACCUCUUCAUUUUGGUUUGACUUUACAGUUACCUCAAAAGUGAUAAUGCGCGCAUAUGAACUGAUCCUGUAGCAAUGGAUGUCAGGAUAUUGCACAGUAUGCACCUUUUUUUUUUUUUGCUUUCUUCCUGUAUGAUGCAGUCUUGCGUUCUCUCUUGCUUCAGAGCUUGUGUCUGAUAAACAAGCCUUAUGUGGUUGGGAAACAUUUGCUGUUGAAAAGUGAAAGAUCCGUGUGGAUCUUUGUGGCAGCAAAUGGGAUUUUUCUAAUAUUACUGUCUAUGCACCAUAGAUUUUUUUUUUUUAUUUAAUGAUAAAUGCCUUACCAUUCAGUGAAUGACUGAUCUGGGCAUGAACUGUGUAUACAUUCUAUAAUGAGCACUUUUAUAUCACAAGUGGGAGCUAAGAGACUGAGGCCCCUCGAAAUGGACAGGGUCCCACUAACACUAGCGUGUGUCAUUUUGUCAAAUUACAGGUGUGAAUUCCCAAUGUAAAUACAUGCUUAUCUCUGGAGAAAAUUAUUUUUUAUGUCUAUUUGUUUCAAUCACCUGUUUCAUCAAGCUCAUGUAAAUGAAUUAAGAAUCA